CUUGUCUUGUUCUUGCCUCAUUCCCUCAUGGCCUCCCCUACAGACGAUGGCUUCACGCAUCAACUGGCCAUAAAGCUAUCAAGGGCUUUGAAUCUCGUCAACCCAAACGAUCUACUUGCGCGACGCGUGCAAGACAUAGCGAAGACUAAUACGUUAGAGGGCUUCAUUACUGCGGCCAAGUCAUUCGGCAAGUUAAAGGACUCUUUCCUUGCAGAGAUUCAUUCAGAGGUUACCUCGCAUGUGACGCAGGAAGAGUCUGGACACGUACCGCAGCCCGUACAGGGCAUCGUCGUACAUGACAGCGAGGUUCUUGCACCAGAUCCUGUUAGGCAAGGAGGGCUGAUGAGAAAGGAAGCUGCCCACGCCUUCCGCCCGCCCGCAAAGCCGAUACAGCCACCCACACCUCGCGCAUCGGUCCUUGGCCUCGACAGACUUGCACAAGAGAAGCGCGCCGCCGCUGCAGCUGCCAAUGGCGAAGGGAGCAGAAAGAGAGCCAAGUUGGACGAUGGCCCGGAACCUGCGUUUAAAGUUCCCAGUCUUCCUGCUCGCUCAGCAAACAUACGUCAGCGCGGUGAAGAGACACCCUCGCAUCCCGGUGGCCUGUCCGAGACUGCACGGAACAGGUUGGAUGAAUUUAGACGGAGGAGAGAGCGAGAAGGUAUCAAAGCACAGAACGAGCGCAGAGACGAUGGGCCUAAGGGUCUGGGCGACUUCCAGAGGCGAUUGAACCGUGACGACAAUCGUCGCAGAAACGACAGGGACCGUGACCGUGGUGGCCGAGGAUGGGAUGCGACACCUCGCUCUGAGCGUGGCAGGCGCGGUGACGAUGCGCCCAGCGUUCGUGUGCCGAAUAUUGGCUGGGAUGCAACCCCUCGGCGGGCGUCUUCUGUAUCGGGCACCCCUGUUCGCGAUCGGCGGUGGGACGCGCCAACGCCACGCAGGGGAUCGCCAACAGAGGAUACGGAGGACGUGGCAGGUAUGGGUCUAGAUGCGCAUGAGUGGGAGGAAGAGCAGGUCCGCCUAGACCGGGACUGGUACAUGGGUGCAGAAGAGGGUAGUGCGCUCGACGAGGAGUUCAACCCGCUGGCGCAAUACGAAGACUUGAACGCGGUCAGGGAGGCCGAGGCGGCGAAGAAACAGGUGAAGAGGAUCUCGGCGAAGCAGGCGCAGUACAACGCGGACAACGACCUCUGGGAGGCGAACCGGAUGCUGACCUCCGGCGUUGCGACGCGGAAGACGAUUGACCUUGACUUCGAGGACGAGUCCGAGUCCUCCGUGCACGUCAUAGUGCACGACUUGAAGCCGCCGUUCCUCGACGGGCGCACGGUCUUCACGCGCCAACUGGAGCCGAUCAAUCCGGUGCGCGACGCGACCAGCGACAUGGCGGUCUUCUCGCGCAAGGGCUCCGCACUUGUCAAAGAGAAGCGCGAACAGGCAGAGCGCGCAAAGGCUGCAGCGAGGCUGGCGGCCCUUGGCGGAACGGCCCUCGGCAAUAUCAUGGGCGUGCAGGACGAGGACGCGCAAGCUGAGGCUGAGGCGGAGGCUAAGAUCAAGGCUGGUGAGAAGGAGGACUAUAAGGGCGACUCCAAGUUCGCCAGCCAUCUCAAGACGCGCGCUGGGGUCAGUGCCUUCGCGAAGUCGCGCACCCUCAAAGAGCAGCGUGAAUACCUGCCUGCGUUCGCGUGCCGCGAGGAAUUGCUGAAGGUCAUCCGUGAUAACCAAGUCAUUGUCGUCGUCGGAGAGACUGGGUCAGGCAAGACCACCCAGUUGGCGCAGUUCAUGUAUGAGGACGGGUACUGUACAUAUGGUCUGAUUGGGUGCACACAACCUCGGCGUGUCGCCGCUAUGUCCGUGGCAAAGCGUGUCAGCGAGGAGAUGGAAUGCAAACUCGGUUCUACUGUAGGCUAUGCGAUUCGUUUCGAGGACUGUACGUCGCCAGAAACGAAGAUCAAAUACAUGACGGAUGGUGUCCUCCUUCGGGAGUCACUCAACGAAGGCGACCUUGAUCGAUAUAGCGUCAUCAUCCUUGAUGAAGCCCAUGAGCGUUCGUUGAGCACCGAUGUUCUCAUGGGUUUGCUUCGGAAGAUUUUGUCUCGCCGGCGAGAUCUGAAGCUCAUUGUCACAUCCGCAACGAUGAAUGCCGAGAAGUUCUCCACCUUCUACGGCAACGCCCCAUGUUUCACGAUCCCAGGCCGAACCUUCCCGGUCGAGAUCUUCCACUCCAAAUCGCCUUGCGAGGACUACGUCGACAGUGCCGUCAAGCAAGUCCUCCAAAUCCACCUGUCUCUUCCUCCAGGAGACAUCCUCGUGUUCAUGACGGGUCAAGAGGAUAUCGAGGUGACUUGCCAAGUGGUACAAGAGCGCCUCUCGCAACUGGAUGAUCCUGCGCCACUGGCAGUACUCCCCAUCUAUUCGCAGAUGCCCGCGGAUCUCCAGGCGAAGAUCUUCGAGCCGACCUCUGACGGAAGACGGAAGGUUAUCGUUGCUACGAACAUCGCCGAGACGUCUCUCACAGCUCCUCCAUUCUGCUAUCGUCUGUACACGGAGAUGGCCUACCGCAACGAUAUGUUCGCCAAUACAAUACCCGAGAUCCAGAGGACGAAUCUUGCGAACACCGUGCUUCUGCUUAAGUCGCUCGGCGUCAAGAACCUUCUAGAGUUUGACUUCAUGGACCCUCCACCUCAGGCGAACAUGCUGAACUCCAUGUACCAACUCUGGGUGCUUGGUGCCCUCGACAACGUUAGCGACCUCACGCAAGCCGGCCGGAAGAUGUCUGAGUUCCCAAUGGAACCAUCAAUGGCCAAAAUGCUCAUCGUCUCCGUUGAGUACAAGUGCUCGGCCGAGAUGCUCACCAUUGUGUCGAUGUUGUCUGUACCGAGUGUGUUCUACCGGCCAAAGGAGCGCAUGGAGGAGGCUGAUGCCGCUCGCGAAAAGUUCAACGUCCCCGAAAGUGAUCAUCUGACUCUGCUGAACGUGUUCGCGCAGUGGAAGAGCCAUGGGUUUCGCGAUGAUUGGUGCAUCCGGCAUUUCCUCCAUCCGAAGUUGCUGCGCAAGGCUCGCGAAGUGCGCAGUCAGCUCGAGGAUAUCAUGAAGUUCCAGAAGAUGGAGAUCAUCUCUGCUGGCACUGACUUCGAUGUCAUUCGGAAAGCGAUCACUGCUGGUUACUUCCAUCAAGCCGCGAGAGUGAAGGGUAUCGGUGAAUAUGUGAACAUCAGGACUGGCCUGCCUACGCACUUGCAUCCUACAAGCGCACUGUACGGUCUCGGAUUUACGCCUACCUACGUCAUCUAUCACGAACUUAUCCUCACGUCCAAGGAGUACAUGACUCAAGUGACAGCUGUAGAUGCGUAUUGGCUAGCGGAACUGGGUUCCGUCUUCUACUCCGUGAAGGAGAAGAACUUCGAUGACAGAGGGAAUCGCCGUGUUGCCGACCGCGAGUUCUCCAAGAAGGCGGAACUUGAGACGCAAAUGGCCAAACAGCGUGAGGAGACGGCGAAGAAGCAACGCGACGAAGCCCUCGCCAGCAAGCUGUCUAGCGGAUCUGCCUCCAAAGUCAUCGUUCCCGGCACCCCUAGGCACACUGGGGUUGGUGCUGGUGGUCGCGUCACACAGACCCCACGGCGGAGGGUGGGUAUAUGAAGAGCGAAGCACCUCGUCAAUUCCUCGUAUCGUAUUCUUCUACAUACAGUAGUUGUUGCUAUUAUGAUCAUGUUGUGCACUAUAUAUUGCAAACCUUCGGCCGCGAAUUAGACUUCUCGCCGUAGGCUUAUGUAUACCUUCUGCGUGACGUUCCAUGUGUCAGGUUGUACAUAGUAGUCUGUACGAUUGUAUCCUGAGGUCGUCGGUCAUUCUACCACUACCGUGCGCAAUAGACUUUGAGUUGCUUACCAG